AUAGCAAUUCUACUACAAACUAAGCAUAUAUAGUCUAGUAAGAAGUAUAAUAAUUAAAUAGAAUACUUGUUUGGAAUAUUUUAUGCUUAUAAUUUACAGAUAGUAUGUGUCUCACUUUUAGUUUAGACUAAGUAUACUUGUCCACUAAAAUAAACGACUUUCUGCCUUUUUGAGUCACUUGAAACAUUUUGAACUUUCUUUGUCAAUAAAGUUUUGUUCAAAUAGUUUUUUUUUUUUUUUUUUUACUCGUUCCUGGUAAAAUUUUCAAGAAAAACAAGUGGCUUUACUGGGGUUGAACAAAUGAAAACAAGUGUUAAAAAAAUGCUAGCUUGUGGACAGAAACGUCGUGGCAAAGACUACGUCACCCACAAUCCCACUUUCCCGGGCGUGACGUCAUGCGGAACCCGGACCCGGCGCAGCUCUGUCUGUCUGACAGUUGUCUGUGCCAAAAACAAAAGGCUGCUGUUUGAGACCUGAGCAUUAGUCCUCGCUAACAUUUUUAUUUUUUAUUUGCUUUUUUUGAGGGACUCCCCGUUGACAUGUAGCGCUAACAGUGAGGUCACCACUCAUACUUCAGCACUUAGUUCGGCAGUAGCCGGGUCGUGAUGACACCGCCGCCUCUGCUGUCUGUGGGAGGAAGAGGAAGAGGAAGGAGGUGAUGAUAGUGAUGAUGACAUGCAGUUAGCUGGACGCCCGCCUGGCUGACGGACGGACCGGACCAGACUGGAGCCCAGUCGGCGUGACACCGACACCAGCGCGGGAUCCGGGGACGGAGAGAGGCGAAGAUGCCGCGGAGGAAACAGUCCAACCCUCAGCCGGUCAAAUUGGAGUCUGAAGAUGGCGUGGUGGUGUGCGAGCCUGGCUGCCUGGUUCUGGAGAGCGACAUCCUGCUGAGCGGGGAGCUGGAGUUUGCCGACACCGACCUCAUCGGUCUGGACAGAGAGGCAGGAGUGACCGUCUUCUCUCUGAGUGUGGAGGACGACCCCACAGCACCAACAGACUCCGCCUUCCCAACCAUCCUGUCCUGUAAGGGGUGUGGUCAGCUGUUGGGGGACACGCCUCUGGCUGCUGGCUUGGAGCUCGGUGUGGGUCUGGCCCUGGGGGCGGAGCUUUACUGCCUCACCUGCGAAGAGGGUCUUCAGCACGCCGCCUCCGUCAACCCGUUCCAGGACCCCGACCUGCCCGACAUACCCUCAAGUCCGAGCCCACGCAAAAAGAGGAGGGGCAUCACCAAGGCGGCGGGCGACGCCCCCCAAAAGCUGUACUCCUGCUCGCUGUGCGCCUUCACCUCCCGCUACUCCAACCACCUCAAACGCCACAUGAGGAUCCACGACGGGCAGAAGCCCUACCGCUGCCCCGCCUGCCCCUACGCCUCCGCCCAGCUCGUCAACCUACAGCGCCACACCCGCACGCACACCGGCGAGAAGCCGUACCGCUGCGUGCAGUGCAGCUACGCCUGCAGCUCCCUCGGCAACCUGCGGAGGCACCAGCGCAUGCACCUGCAGGAGCGGCCGAAGAAGAAGGAGAAGCGGCAGGGGAAGAGGAGGAAGAGCAAAGGGGGAGCUGAGGAAGUGAUGUCAGACCUGACUCUGCGCGUCUCCCAGGACUAUCUGCAGACGCUGGGGAGCUUCAGCGCCGCCUCCGGCCCGCUCCCCGUCCUCCUCUUCCCCCUCUGCUGUCGCGUCUGCGGCCUCACUCUGGAGGAGGCCGACUUGGAGGGGGACAAAGGCGAAGGGGAGGCGGAGUCUGAUGGCGCACAGGUGUGCCGCCGCUGCUCCUUGGACCUGCUCCCCAAAGACGAGUCCCGGCGACGCGCUCGGAGGGCGUCCCGGCGGAGCGCCAAGCUGUACCGCUGCCCCCACUGCCCCUUCCUGUCGCACUACCCCAACCACCUGGCCCGCCACUCCCUCACGCACUCCUCGGAGAAGCCCCACCGCUGCCCCUGCUGCGCCUACAGCUCCUCGCACCUGGACAACCUGAAGCGCCACAUGCGCGUCCACACGGGCGAGAAGCCGUACCAGUGCCCGUCCUGCAGCUACGCCUGCGGGAACCUGGCCAACCUGCGGCGCCACGAGCGCAUCCACUCGGGCGCCAAGCCCUUCCACUGCAGCAUCUGCGGCUACUCGUGCAACCAGAGCAUGAACCUGAAGCGCCACAUGCUGCGCCACACGGGCGAGAAGCCGUACGCCUGCGCCGAGUGCGGCUACACCACGGGCCACUGGGACAACUACAAGCGGCACCAGAGGAAGCACGGGCACAACACGGACAGCUGGGACAAGCACGCCCCCGUGGACGGGCUGAGCUGGGGCAAGGGGGCGCCCGACGGCCAGAGUCAGGGACUGGAACGCACAUAGACGCCCCGCAGGCGUCUGCGCGGUGAUGAAAGAAUCUCAGGUGCCUUUGACGGACUUUACUGCUGCACUGACGCUACAGAGAGGCCUUCCUUCAUGAGUUUAAGACCUCGCCAUGGAUAAACUCAGCUAAAUACAGUUUAUUUUCUCAACAGAUGAUCAAUAUUUUUAAACUGGAUUCAAGGACAGGACAGAAGUGACACCUCUAGCCGACGAAGACGUCCCGAAUACUAGCUAAGCUUAACCACUAAGAUAUAUCAGCAAGCCGGAAAGAUAAAUGUUUUUACUUUUUGUAUUGCAACUUUUUGACGUGAAAAAACGGGAUUGAAAUUCUUUAAAUAUUGGUGACAGAUUAAGAAAACCAGCUUCAUGCUAUUGAGUGGCUACCUCAUGAUGUACCAGCCUUAAUAAAGCUAAAAUGUCUGUUGGA